CUACAUUUAAUAAUAUCAAUCAAAAAUAUAUUGAAAAAAAGUUAAUUUAUAUUUUACAAAAUUUUUUAUUUAAAAAAAGUGAUAGUAUAUAGUACAUCCAUACACAUAUACAUUGCGAAGAAUGUGGUUAAUAACAAUACUGAUGAUAACAUUCGAAUCACGAAUGAUAUUCUCACGUGUUUCAACAAAAGAUAAUGAAACUUUAGAUUGCGAUCGAAUUAAUUCGAAUAUUAUUGGAUUACCCGAAUGUCAUUUGAAAGAGAGUGCACAUCGGCUUAUAUGUUUUGGUGGUAUUGACGAUAAAUGGAAAACAGAAAAUGAGAAAGUACACAAUCUGGUACUGUGUAAUUGGCCCAAUAAAACUUUCGACCCACAAGAAGUUUUGCAAGGAUUUCCAUUGUUGCGAAAAUUUAAAAUUGUGAAUAGUAAUUUAACGAGAUUGAUGACAUCUUUCCCUGAGGAAUGUCAAUUUCUUGAAAAAGUUAAUCUAACUCAUAACAGAUUGGAAGUACUGCCAGUGGGUGUGUUUGCAAAUCUUUCGAAUUUAAAAAUCGUCGAUUUGAAACACAAUGAUUUCAAGGAGAUCGAUCUAAAACUAUUCAAUAUAUCCACGUUGAAUCACGUUUAUCUUUUUGGUAAUCCAUUGAAAUGCACUGAAAAUAUGUCUUGGAUUCUCGACUUGAGGAAUGGAUCUUUCGCUGAGAAAAUUGUUGAUCGAGAAAAGUUACGUUGCUCUGCUCCAUAUAAUGGAAGAUUACUUGUACCAGUCGUUGAAAUUAUUAUGACAUUGAAAGAGGAAUGCAAGAGAACAUUAUGCGACUGCGAAUUGGUUUAUGUAGUUGGACGAGGUGGUAAAAGGACAUUGAAACAAUUAAUGGCCUUUGCUUCGGUUAAUUGUAGUUAUCGUGAUUUAACCGAAAUGCCAGAAUUUUUACCGGCCAAUACUACCACUUUACAUUUGACUGGAAACAAGAUCAAGGAUUUGACACCUCUAGUAAAAAAUACUGUCUACAAACAAGUUUUGGAUCUUUAUCUCGAUGACAAUUUAGUUGAAUCCAUUGUACAAUUGGAUGGGUCCUAUUGGCUCGAUCAUUUCCGUCUUUUGAGUCUUCGUGGAAAUAAACUCUCAGAUGUACCAACUUAUGCAUUGGAAAAUGUUUUGCUUCAAAGUGGUAGUGUAGCAAGAUUAUAUCUCGGUAAUAAUCCAUGGAGAUGCGAUUGUCUUUUCACUCCUGGAUUUCAGGACCUAUUGAUUAGGUAUACAAAUUUAGUUCGAGAUAUAAACGAGGUCAAGUGUGCAGCUGUCAGCGGCGAUGAGAAUUCAAACAAACAGAUCCGUGACUUAACUCGUACAGAAAUUUGUAUUUCAUCGGAUGAAAACUCUUUGAUUUAUCCAUUAGACAUUUUAAAUAUUAUAUUGGCAUUUCUGAUAUUUUUAAUUAUUGGCAAACUUUUGUACGAUUAUUGGUCGUUCAAGAAAACUGGAAAAUUACCCUGGAUCGUAUCUAAAAUACCAUAAAAAUUAUAUACCGAGAAUAUAUAUUCUUUUCUUCUUUCUUUUUUUUUUUUUUUUUUUUUUGAUUGUUAUCGAAAUUUUUUCAUUUGUCAAUUUUAAAUAUGUUUCUUAUAUCUCGUUAUUGAAAUAUUUUUGAUAGAAUUGUUCAGCAGCAGACUUUUUCGCAUUAUGACGACUCACUCCAUGUCCUGAUGAUACAAGAAUUUAUUUAUAAUUAAUUAAAAUGUACGAUACGUAUAUAAUUAUAUA